AUGAGUCUGGCUGGGGGGCGGAGAGUGGAGGGUGGAGGUGUGUGGCGAGUGUCCUGGGUGGAGGAGGUCCAGAUUGGUGGAGGAGGGGCAGCUGUGGGGGCUCCGGGCAAUGUGGGGGUUGAUGUUGCCUUCAGCUGUCGGGGGUCAGGGUGUUGUGGGGGUGAUGUGGUCAUGAUGUGGGGGCGUCCGGGCAAUGUGGGGGUGGAUGUGGUCCUGAUGUGGGGGUCCGGGCGGAGGUGGGGGUGA